AUGUCAUCGGGCGUGUCACUAGAUUGUCAUUCUCAUUCUCUAAUUGUUAUCAAAGGUAUGCCUGAUUGUAGUGUUUACGAGGGAGCUUCAACAGCGAACUUUGUGUUCCUGGUGCUUAUAACUAUAGGUAUAUUUGUGAGUUAUUUACCACAGUACCAUCGUAUAUACGUCAAACGUACUUCCGAGGGAUUGUCAAGAAAUUUCUUACUUUUGGGAAGUUGUUCUUCGUUAUUUACGUUAACAAAUAUCAUUUUAGUCAGCUCGAGAGCCAGGCAGUGUUGCUACUCUGGCAAGUUGAGCCCAUUUAACUGUGUUAAUGCCCAAUUGAACAUGAUACAAAUCGGUGUUCAAUGUGUGAGUGCCAUUCUUAUCUUGGUAUUCGUGCUUGUUUUAACCCGUUCAUCUGUCAAACAAGACAAGGUUGAAUAUUCGAAGAUAGUUCAGGUGGGCAAGUAUGUGGCCUUACAUGCUACAGUGUCGCUCUUUCAAAUUGUGUUCGCUUUUUUGGGCAGUUCAAAGGUCCUCUAUGGUAUCGCCAACAUCAAUGGACUCCUCUCCACACUUUUGACAAUUGUCAAGUACGUACCACAAAUCCACACCACAUACAAGUUGAAGCACCCAGGAACUCUCUCCAUUGGUAUGAUGUGUAUUCAAACUCCAGGUGGUGUUCUCUUUACUAUUACUCUCAUGUUGACUAAAGGUUCGCAUUGGAGCUCAUGGAUCUCCUAUAUGGUGGCAGCUAUACUACAGGGAACGUUGUUGGGGUUGUGUUUCUACUAUGAGUACUACAAAAACCAUGGUUUGACGGCAGAACUUGGCGAGAGACGGGCUAUCGAUAGAAUAGUUGACGAAAACGUAGGGGACACAUCAAGGCAAAAUGAACCCUCAGAUGACCCUACUAGCUCAUUGCUCCAUUAG